AUGGCGAAGGGCCCAAUUAGUGAUGAGUCAACCCAGAGAGAGGUGACCUGGAGUUUUAAAGUAGAUCGGCUGGAGGAGCAAGUAGACAUAUUUGGGGACAACGAGCACAUGUCAACUGGUUACAGUAUGGAGAUCCCUCCGGGAUAUAAAACCCAAGUCGAAGCCUCGCCCUCACCCACUCCUUCCUGUCCGCGCCGCCACGCGCGCCAGAGCACGGCCUCUGCGCUCGCUUGCCGGAACCAGCCACACCGAGCACGCCAUCGUCGGGCCCUCGUCCUCGUCAACGUCCGCGUUGUGAAGCCACAUCGAUCCUCGCCUCGCCGGGGAGCAGUGCUCGUCGCAGCCCCGACUCCAUGUCCAGGCGCAACCCGCCGGAGCCGCUACCUCGGACGUGAGCCGAGCGCGGACGCGUCCGCUACGUACGGCAGCACGUCGCCCCGCCGCUACCCGCCUGCGCCGAACAGAGCUGCUGCUGCCGAGUCCGCCGGAGCACGACGACGACCGUUCGAGCCACACGACCCCGCUUUCCUCGCCCCGACGCCCCACGCGUCGAGUCUGCACCCGCGAGACCACCGCGCCGAGCUGCCCCGCUGCUGCGACUGCGACCACCCAUCGGUGACCACCGUCUUCAUCGCCUUCAUCCCCAAGCCAUCGGGGAGCCACGUACCGACGACUUCGCCCGCGAGCCGCUGCGCCCUUGUCGCCAAGCCGCGCCGCUCGGGAACGCGUCCUCACCUGAGCCGCAGCCACGCCUCCAACAGUCACCAGCUUCGACGUAGCCGCGACGCCGUCACCACCACGCCGGCGUGCGCGUUCUGCCUGCACCGCGCGAACUCCCGGCGUCGAGCCCUCUGGGAGGGGCCAUGAGACCUGAAAUCCCUCGAAGCGCCACACAGGCUAUGAGAUGUGUGGUAGUUGUGUUUGAUAGGAAAAUUACUGGGGAUUACUGUACUGGAUUCGUGGCUGUGGCAAACACUUCAGCGACACUGGUUGUUGCUCCUUCAAGCUUUGUGAGCGGACGGAAACAUUUGGGCGUAUGUUUCUUUGAUGGAAUUCAGUCUAGGGCACGAGCAGCGGUGUCUGCAAAGGGGGGCUUUUGUUUGCUUACAACAAAAGUUCAUACAAGUUGUGAGGAAGUUAACUGGAUGGAGUCCAACUCGUCCCUUCUCACCCCGUCUUCUACAUUCAUACUCCCUCCUCAGUCUCCUACCAACAGCUAUUAUCAGCCUAGUUUUAUAGUUGUGGAGUCUCUCCGGUCAUAUCUUCUAGAGAAUUAUAGAAAAUUGGCAGUUCAUUCAGAGAAUUAUUUUCUUGUAUCAUGCGAAGCUGGGAAGACAGACUUGAUAGGAGCACCCGUGUUUACUACUGACAAUGGCAGUACAAAGAGUAUUGCUCUGGGAGUUGUCUUGACAGACUGCCGCACAGAGAGUGAGAUAAGGGUGGCGAUAACUGCAACGCAUUUCAAAGAAAUACUGAAGUCACUUGUUGGUCCAGCACCACCGUCACCACCAAGGAGGAAGCGUAGCAAAAACAUAGAGGAGGAAGUGGAGAAAGACCCACCAACACCACCGUCACCACCAAGGAGGAAGCGUAGCAAAAACAUAGAGGAGGAAGUGGAGAAAGACCCACCAACACCAUCGUCACUGCCAAGGAGGAAGCGGAGGAAGAGACCCUCCAAAAAGCGGACUGAGUAAAAGAGUCAAUUAGGAUAGUUCCAUUGUUUACUUUUGUAAUAACAUAUAUAUGCACUUAAUGUAGCUAAUCUUAUCUUUGUAAUAUUUGCACUGAAUGCUGUUAUGUUUGUACGCCAGGGCUGUUUGCACUGGAACUUUCGUAUCACAAAUUAUGCUUCUGGAAUUUAUUUAA